UAAAGUCAAUGCCAAGGUCUUACAAGAUAAACACAAGAUCGGAAUAAUAAACAGUCGGUGGAGAAGACAGAGAAAAUGUCCUCUUUGAAAGAAAUUUGCGAGGGUCUCCCACUGGACCCACUUCCUCCGAGGCGACCGAGGGAUGAAUCCGUGGCCCACGCUCCCGUGCGGACACCCGAUCUGUCUCCUGCGGAACAAAGGCUGGCUUUGGAGAACGCCUUGCGGUAUUUCCCGUCUAACCUUCACGAGACGUUGGCCCCAGAGUUCGCCGAGGAACUACAGAGUUAUGGUCAUAUAUACAUGUAUCGAUUCCUGCCUCAGAUGCAGAUAAGGGCUUAUCCUAUUGGGGAAAUACCUGCCAGAAAUCGACAUGCGGCAGCUAUAAUACAUAUGAUUCUUAACAACCUUGACCCCCGAGUGGCUCAGUUCCCACAGGAGUUAGUGACGUAUGGUGGGAAUGGACAGGUGCUCUCAAACUGGGCACAGUUUUGGGUGCUGAUGAAAUACUUAUCGGAAAUGACUGACGAUCAGACCCUAGUAAUGAAUUCCGGACACCCUCUGGGCCUCUUCCCCAGCAGUACGUCAGCUCCGCGACUGGUCAUCACGAACGGCAUGGUCAUACCAAAUUACUCGUCAAGGGAUGACUACGAGAAGAUGUUUGCAUUGGGGGUCACAAUGUAUGGUCAGAUGACUGCCGGAAGCUACUGUUAUAUUGGACCACAGGGUAUCGUCCAUGGUACCACGCUUACUAUCCUAAACGCUGCUAGGAAACACCUUGGCGUUACAGAUAUGGCAGGGAAGGUUUUUGUGACAUCCGGACUGGGAGGAAUGAGUGGUGCCCAACCAAAGGCUGCCGCCAUUUGUGGCUGUAUCGGGGUUGUGGCAGAGGUAAGCAGGGAGGCAUUGGAAAAGCGACACAAACAAGGGUGGUUGAUGCAAGUAACUGACAACAUGGACGAAUGUAUGGCUAUUAUCCGACAGGCUCGGAGGCAGAAGACAACACUGAGCCUGGGGUAUCAUGGGAACAUCGUUGAUAUUUGGGAGAGAUUUGUGUAUGAGUAUGAGAGCACAGGAGAUCUGUUAGUGGACCUGGGAUCAGAUCAGACUUCCUGUCACAACCCAUUCCUCGGCGGAUACUACCCUGUACAGAUUUCAUACGAGGAAGCACUGACGACUAUGCACGAAGACCCCAUACGAUUCAAAAAUCUUGUCCAGGAAAGCCUACGGAGACAAAUUGCCGCCAUUAACAAACUUGCCGACAGAGGAAUGUUCUUCUGGGAUUAUGGAAAUGCUUUCUUACUAGAAGCGGACAGGGCCGGUGCUGAGGUAGGCCGACAGCAGGGACUGAAUGGAACAAUGUUUAGAUACCCUUCCUACGUCCAGGAUAUUAUGGGCGACAUAUUCUCCCUAGGGUUUGGACCAUUCAGAUGGGUGUGCACAUCUGGCGACCCGUCUGACCUUGAAAAGACUGACGAAAUAACGGCGUCAAUACUGGAGGACAUUAUCAACAAAGGAGUACCAGAAGGAAUCAAACAACAAUAUACUGAUAAUAUCAGAUGGAUCAGAGAGGCGAAGUCAAACAAACUGGUUGUUGGAUCUCAGGCGCGAAUUCUGUACUCCGACCAAAAUGGUAGGAUUGCAAUCGCAACAGCUUUCAACGAUGCUGUGGCAGACGGGAAACUCAAGGGUCCAGUGGUGUUGAGUCGAGAUCACCAUGACGUGAGUGGUACAGACAGUCCGUUCCGGGAAACGUCCAACAUAUAUGACGGGUCAGCAUUUACAGCAGACAUGGCAGUGCAGAACGCCAUCGGAGAUGCAUUUCGAGGAGCUACGUGGGUAGCUCUUCACAAUGGCGGAGGUGUAGGUUGGGGCGAGGUGAUCAAUGGAGGAUUUGGUCUCGUGUUGGACGGAUCCCAGGAUGCUGGCCAACGAGCAAAGCGUAUGCUGGCUUGGGAUGUGUCUAACGGUGUGGCAAGGCGGUGUUGGUCCGGCAAUAACCGAGCAGAGGAGACCAUUUGUCGGACUAUGGAUGACAAUCCCAAGUUGAAGGUCACACUGCCGAACCAUGUUGAGGACAAAUCUAUCCUUGACAAAGCUCUGGGCAACGCAUGACGUUUUAGGCUUUUAUAUACAAUUCUUUUGUGAACUUAAAAUUGGAAAACAUGAAUUCAUCAAUCGUUCAUAAAACGAAUCAUUACGAAAUCUCAAUUAACAAAAUCACAAACAAUCAAUUCGCCCAUCUAUGGUUUUUAGAUCUGAUCGAUUUUAAAAACUAUCAGGAACGUUUCAACGAUAAAAUGAUCAUAACGAAGUUCAAUUAAUGGUUAUAUACUGUAUCAUAAUAUUAAGGAAUAUAUACUGUAUGAAAUAAUUUGCUAUUUUACACAUUAUUUCACCCUUUUGCUUUUCUGCCACAUUUGUGAAAUGCCACCAAUAAUAAGGUCAUGUAAUUAUCGUCAAUCACCAAAUUUAUACAUGGAGCUGUAUACUCUUAGGGCAAAACAAAUAAAUCCAUAAAAACA